AAUUCUGAAAUUCUAAAUGCUUUGGAAUUAAGAGUACACUGAGAAUGUGAAAUUCUAAAAGUUUCGGAAUUCAGAGUAUAGUGACAAUGUGAAGUUCUGAGAUUCUGUGAUUCUGAAAUUCUAAAUGUUUUGGAAUUCAGAGUGUAGUGAGAAUUUGAAUGUCUGAAUUGUUUUAUACUUUGGAAUUCUUCAUAGUAUAGAUAUUUGAGAGUUUCAGAGUUUGACUGGAAAGUCAUCAUUAUACUGGAUAAUGAUAAUUUGACAGCCCUCUUUUUUAAUCAGCAUUUUUUUUUGUUUCACUUUUUACUUUAGACGUUACAAACAAUAAUGCAUUAUCAGAAAAUCGUCGAAAUACCACAAAUCAGAAUCAAGAUAAUAAAGGAGACGAAACGGAAUUCGCUCGUAGUGGAUUUGAAUUAGACGGUGGAAACGAAAAUGUUACUCCAAUUGCUACUAAACGAACAACAGUUAGUACUGGAGGAAGACGUGAUGAAUAUGAUGAUCGUCCUGUAACAGGUAUGCUGUUUUUUAAAUCUCAUAUUUGGGCAAGUCUGUUC